UCUGUAUUGGUAGCUCAGUGUGAGAUCCGAACGCACCGCGCGCGCGCGCUCCCGUCAUCGCACCAUUUCCCAUUUACCCACACCGUAGCGUGACAACAGUCUCAUUACAAAAAAAAAACAUUAGAACUAUUGACGAUCAUUUAUCGAUUAUCGAUUUUCUAUUAGGUAUUUCAGUGCGUGUGUGACUGCCAGUGCUGUGUUGUGUUCUCUUUUGAAAUGAAAAGGUGACUAGUUUUACUCUUUUUUCUCAGUUAAUUAAGUAUUAAUUGUGCCUGUACUAUUAAUGGUAUGCUGAUUACUGGCGCCAGAAUGCGCCGCAGUUUUGAUUAAAUCGAAGCUGAAAUGAAGGACAGGAUAGAUACAUCACAAACGCUUGACCUCUUAAGAAGAACAAAAUUACAAAGGUGCGCGAUGUGGUCGCGACGGUGGUAGAGCACCGGAGGGCGGCCGGAUGCGGCCCGUGCGCGCCCGUCCGCCCGCCGCCUCCGUCACGUAGCGCCCGGGCCCCCGCGCCGCGACUAUGCGCAUGGCAAGCGCGCUGCCCACUCUGCUCGCGGUGAGUUUUGUGCUGUGUGGUGCAGUGGCGGGCGCGGGCGACAUGAUAGCCAACGUGAGCCGCGUGCGCCGCGCGCCACAGCCUCACUACUCCUCGCACCGCGUCUUGACAGACGAGGAGCUAGAUAUGACAGCGGCGUGGAAGCGCUCGCACUGGCGCGACAUGCAGUCCAUACUCCGACGCGAGGGCAACCAGAAGGAGGGCCGGGACGGCGUGCAGUGCUGCCCCUCCGUGCUCGAGAUGGUCACCAAGAAGGGAGGCCGCACGCCCACCGGCCUCUACGUAGAGCUGUACGAAGACGGGGAGAACCAACAGAGGCUGUUCGAGGUGUCGUGCGCGCCCAACGUGGUGGACAAGCCGUGCCGCUUCGUGGACGCGCGGCUGUACAACGAGUCGCGCUGCAUCCAGAAGUACUCGUACUCGUACGCGCUGGUGCGCUACCUGCACUCGGCCGCCACGGAGACGCCGCAGCCGCGCACCGAGGGCCACUUCUCCGUGCCCGGCUCCGGCGGCUGGUCCAUGGACUAUGUGCGCGUGCGAGCCGGCUGUGAGUGCCAAAUCAAACCCAAAACCAAUAAACCCGCCCGCAGAAGACACAAGCAGAGGAAGAGAAAUAGGAGGAUCGUCGAGGACGACGAGACCUGACUCCGGACUCGAGUGCUAGUGUAAUCGUGACUUUGAACAAAUUUGGGAUCGUCCCAUAGUAUUACGUUACAAAUAUACCUUUUCUGAUGUUUUCUCCUUGGUUCGGAACUGUUUCGUGCAAAACAGCAGCAAAGCUAUGUUUGUUAGUGUCGCGGAUGCUGUGGAUGGUUUCUCGUUACCUAUAUCAAGUGUACACUUGAGUGGUACAAGUGUCGGUCGGUGUAUCAAUGUAUUUAUUUUAUUUUUCGUCUAUAUUACGCUUCUUGUUGUAGUCCGUUAGUUAGUCUCGAUCUUAUGAAAUUAAAGUGCCUUUUAGUGCCUUAGAUAUAAAUAGUUCACUAUAUUCUGGGAAUUGUUGAAAUUUUGAUUCCAAUGCGUUAUCUGUAUGCAAUAAGUAUUAAAUGUUAAGGCUAAUGUCACACGAAUAAACUUUCUGAUUCUAAAUGAGACUUAUUAGCAAUUCCAUGCCAUCACAAAUAGUUAUUAAUAUUACCAUAAUUAUCAUUAGACAAGGUGACAUUAUUAAUAGUGCCGACAAAAACUAGUUUGAAAUAUGAAUAAUCAUAGAAAUACAAAUUCGUGUGACACUCGCUUACCAACUACAUGAUAAUGUAAUAGUUACCGGUUGAUCGAGGUGCAUAGAUAUAAUACGACUUCACUGCGCUGUCGCCACACUUUCAGAUAAUUUUAAGAUAGAAACCAAUGAAUAUUAUGUACUGCAUACUACGGAUUGUAUUUUAGACGAACCUCGUUUAGUUCUCGUAGAGUACAGAGUUCGAAUUUCGGAGUCUUGGCCCUAUCCCAAAUGGAAUCAACUUCCAGCCCAAACAGAUGUGAUGGAAUAUCAGUGUCCUCCGUAAAAUCAUCGGGUUGUCACAAUCCAAAACAAGAGACGAAUUCCUGGUUUAAUGGUGCGUUUCACCACCUCUGGAUAAGUAGUGUAUAAACCAUGCCAGAUCAUUUCAUUUGAGUGACCCUGUUCCCAUUAUUAAUCGAUUUUACUUUGUUCCAUUCUUACCUAUUUCCUGAUCUUGCUGAUAGGCUCGAAAAAAUUCACGGUUUCAAAACGUUUUUGUAACUCCUUCCUUAGCAACAGUAUCCUUAUUUCCUUAAAGUUUUUCGGAAUUCCCUUCCCUUUCAAAUAUAGUAUGUAGUACGUAAUUAUCGUUGUAUAUAACAGUAAAGAGCAGUCUGUGAUCAUUUCGUACAUGUUCAGUUAUCCGCAGUGGGGUCCCGAUAAGUCUCUUGUGAAACAACUCUGCUGUAAGAUUAGACUUUACUGUUAAGCUUUAGAUAUUUUAAAUCGAAUUAAUUUCUUCGAUAAACGUAAGAAGAAGAUUAGCCAAAACUCGCCUAGUUUACAGUUCGUCACUUUAAUUUCUUAAUUACUUACAUUAUGUUCAGUAUCAUCUUGCUUUAAAUUAUUUCCUGACAAAGCAAUAAAAACAAAUAUUUGGUUUAAUCCAAUAUCAUCAGUAUAACAACUUUUUCUUCAUCUGUAGUUUCUUUAUUUGGUUGUUUCACAUGAGGAGCAUCGCCAGUUAAAGUCGUUCCACUGAUUAUAAUGCUCUCUUCCCUUUUAAAAUUAAGAAUAUUUAUUCAAAGUUAACAAUUUAUAAUUUUUUGUUAUUAUUUGUAACAGUACUUACUUCUUAGACAUAAGUGCGUCGAGUCAAAGAUCUGUAUUAUUUUCUAUUUUGUAAUACUUUUAUUGUAUUUAAAAAUGUAGUUAUAUUUUUAAGGAUUAAUUUCAUUCUAUUUAUACUGUUUAAUACGAGGUAUUCCGAUAUACAGUAUGAAUGUUAGUUUGUACGUAGAAAUCGCUUCCAUAAAAUAUAAUUGAUGUAUAUAAAUAACGCAAUAGUAUUGUGGACUGAGAUUAUUUUGUGCAUUUAGAUGUGUAAUAACAGAAUGAGAGAAUAUUUUUAUAAUUAAGAUAACGCUAUCCAUCGACAAUAAAACUUACAACAUACAAGCAGCGCCAUCUGUUAGUGAGUAGCUGUAUAUAAACAGUUCGUUAUAUCACUGCUAGAUGUCGCUAACUCCACCUGUUAGCAUUACGCAGAACAGUGCCAUGUUAAAUAAUAAUGUGAAUGCCAAUGAAAAUCAAUUUAUUGGCCUACUAAGAGUAUAGAAAAGUUUGUUAUAUUCAUAUAAUUAUAGUUCUAUUGCCCGUUGACAAAAUAUGUACUUACCAUCGAAAUGCCUUCUUCUCGAAAUGUAAAGUUUCAAAUUAUUACCCAAGUGCAAUGUGUCAUAUGGUUGGUAUAGGUACUGUAAAGUAUUUAAUUUUAACGGAAAUCACUACAAACUACUUUAACAAUGUUAUUUUCAUCAUCACAACAGCUAUACGUUAUUUUAUUGUUGACAUCAAAAACAAAACU